AACCACGCGUGACACAUUGCCAAUAAUGCAGGCUAAACAUGCAAUCAAUAGUGAAGCCCACGAUGGAGGAGUGAUGCGCGCCUGGAUCUAACCUAAGUGGCUGCUGAAGACUUUAUACAGAAGGAGCAACAACAGACAGAACACAUACACACCGCAAGCAGCUGCACUGCAUCAUCUGCCACUUAUCUCUCUCCCUCCCUCCUCUCACCCUCUCUUCUCUCUCUCUCUCUUUUCGCUCAGAUCCAUUUUAAGCUGAGGAUCUCUGGUACAGCCGCAGCACCUCCACUACAUUCCUAUGGGACAGUUACAAUGACCACAUCCCCAGAUCUCCUGCUGCCGGUGGAGGCCAAGAUUCUACUAAGCACAUGGAAUCAGUCCAGGCACACGUCUGGAACUCUGUACCCAUUCAACAUAAUGGGCAUCCAUAAAAACACUAACAGCACCAGUGCCCCCAUGGAAACUGAAAGGGAUGUGAGCAUGAUAGUAAUUCAGUUCAUUUAUGCCAUCGUGUGCCUCAUUGGGCUCAUUGGGAACUCCAUGGUGAUUUUUGUCAUUUUAAGAUAUGCCAAAAUGAAAACGGCCACCAACAUUUACAUCUUGAACUUGGCUAUUGCAGACGAACUCUUCAUGCUGAGCGUCCCUUUCCUUGCUGCCUCUGCAGCCCUGCAGCACUGGCCAUUUGGCUCAGGGAUGUGCCGCACAGUCCUCAGUGUGGACGGCAUCAACAUGUUCACCAGCGUGUUUUGCCUGACAGUGCUAAGCGUGGACAGGUACGUGGCAGUGGUCCAUCCUCUACGGGCGGCCAGAUACAGGAGACCCACUGUGGCCAAGAUGAUCAACAUUUGCGUUUGGAUUGUGUCCAUUCUGGUCAUUUCCCCGAUCUUGAUCUUUGCAGACACUGAGUCCUCUAAGAAUGGAGUGGUGGUGUGUAAUCUGAUGUGGCCCCAGCCCACAUGGUCUGCUGUUUUUGUCAUUUACACCUUUCUCUUGGGCUUUUUCCUCCCCGUGGUAGCCAUAUGUCUCUGUUACAUCCUCAUCAUUGUAAAAAUGAGAGCAGUAGCCUUGAAGGCAGGCUGGCAACAGAGGAAGAAAUCGGAGAAGAAGAUUACACGCAUGGUUCUGAUGGUUGUCACAGUAUUUGUAAUUUGUUGGAUGCCCUUCUACAUAGUACAGCUCCUUAACCUUUUCCUACCCCACAUGGAUGCCACCAUCAACCAUGUCUCCAUCAUUUUAAGUUAUGCCAACAGUUGUGCCAACCCCAUCCUCUAUGCCUUCUUCUCGGAUAACUUUAAGAGGUCCUUCCAGAGGAUCGUGUGUUUUCGUUGGCUAGAAAAUGGCACAGAUGAACCUGUGGAUUAUUAUGCUACAGCCCUGAAGAGUAGAGUGUGCAACAACAACCCGUUGGACUUUCAACAAGAACCCCUGAGAUCUGACCCUUGCUACAACUUCAAGAAUGGGACCAUCACAAGGACUACCACUCUAUAACAGACCAGAAAAUGCCUUGUAAACGACUUGCUGCUACCCCAUGCCACUAUUCUACCAGAGGUUUUCAUGUGUGUGGACAUGUUUUCAUGUGUGUGGACAUGUUCUCAUGCUAGUGUUCCCUUUGUAUAAGUGGUGGAAAGGAGUGUGCUUAAUAAACCGAGAAGACAAAUAUAAAA